UGGCGCUAGGCCUGUUUGAGUUCGGACCGGAUUUUGGUGAAAUUCCGGAGCUGGCGAAGAACAGAGCCAUAAUAAUAUCGCAAGGCAGCUGGAGGAGAGGAGAGGAGCAGCGGAGAGCAAGGGCAACUACAACAGUACACAAGCUAUUUUGGAACUCUUUUCACUUCACGUUUUACAGUCUGACCCACUGAAUCAUACCGUGCCUUUUCCAUUUUGUCUCCACAGUUAUGACGGACGCUCUGUCGAUUGAGCAAAACAAUAAGAUCCGAGUCGCCCUUGGUCUGAAGCCUCUUCCUGUCCCCGGCGCUGCCACUACCACCGACAACAGAAACAACGAUGGUCCCGUCUUUAAGCCAUCCAGAGAUGGCAACAACUCAGAUUCUUCAGAUGACGAACCCGCAAGCACACUAGAGUCGCGACAGGCGCAGGGAUACGAUAACUGGAAGAAAUACCAGGAUGAAGCCGAGGCGAAGAAGAAGCGCCAGGAGAAGCUGGACGCGAUCAAGCGGGCGCGCGAAAAUGCCCAGAAACUAGUGAAACUUGAGGGCAAAGGGCUGGGUGAGGUCGAUGAAGCGGAGGCUGCGUUGGAUACCAAAACCUGGCUGAUGCAGCAGAAGAAGCGGCAGCGGAAGAUUGAAAAGGAGCGCGCGAAGAGACUCGCUGAGGAACUUGCGGAGAGGGAGCGGAUUGCGGAAUAUACUGCGAAGGAUCUUGCGGGUGUGAGGGUUGGACAUGAGGUGGCUGAUUUUGAAGAGGGCGAGGAGCAGAUUCUUACGCUUAAGGAUACGACCAUCGAUGAGAAUGAGGAGGAAGGGGAUGAGUUGGAGAAUAUCGACUUGCGGGACCGGGAGCGCCUUAAUGAGCGACUGGCGUUGAAGAAAAAGAAGCCGGUGUAUGAUCCUAAUGAUUUCGAUGGGUCCGGCUCUAUUCUGGCGCAGUAUGAUGAAGAGAUUGAAGGGAAGAAGAGGAAACGGUUUACGUUGGAUGCUAAGGAUCUGACUGAGGAAGAGCGGGAGGCGAAGCGGCAGGAUGUGUCGUCUAAGCUCAAGGCGCAGCCUGUCAACCUCGAUAUAAUGCCCGAACCUACGGCUACCCCAUCAGACUAUCAGGAGGCGACAGAGAUUAAAAUCAAGAAGCCGAAAAAGAAGAAGGCGAAAUCUACGAGACAGAAAGCGGUGGAUGAAGAUGACAUAUUCCCAACCAUCGACACUACGGACACGCCUAAUGGAGAUAGUAUGGAAGUGGAUUCGGGAGCUGUCAGCACUGGACUUUCAACCCCCGCCCCGCGACGAUCAGAUAGAGAAAUAUCGUUCGUUGAUGAUGAGGAUUUGCAAGCGUCACUAGCAACACAGAGACGAGCUGCAUUCAAGAAACGGAAGAAGGUUCGUCCGGAGGAUAUCGCCAGACAGUUACGGGAAGAGUCAGAGCAAGCACAGAAUGGAAUGGACUUGGAUAACGCAGAUGGCGAGGACGACGCUCCUGGCCUGGUUAUCGAUGAGACAUCCGAAUUUGUCGCAAACCUACAGCGCCCCACGAUACCUGAUCGGCGCCAGCGCUCGGUCUCGCGCCCGAAGGAAGAAUCGCCUAAAGUGAAAGAAGAGAGGGACGAAGAUGUCGAUAUGGAGAGGUCGUAUAAUGAUAUUGAAGAUGAAGAAGACCUCAAAGGACGACUGAAGAGAAGCGAGGAGACUACGCCAGCUGCAGACAUCACUGCUACUGGAUUAGAAGAGGAAUCGACACUUGACCAGGGCCUGGGCUCUACUCUCGCCAUGCUUAAACAGCGGGGAUUGGUAAAGGAAUCCAACGCAGGCGAUCUGAACACGCUCCACCGCGAGCGCCAACGAUUCUUACAGGAGAAGCAACGGCGCGAAGCGGAAGCAGAGCGCCGCGCCCGUCUCCAGCGAGAACGCGACCGCGCCUCGGGCAAGCUCGACCGCAUGACGGCGCGGGACCGGGAGGAAUACGCACGGCAGGAAAACAAGCAGCGCGACCAGCUCGAGUCGCGGCAGAUGGCGGAGAUCUUCAACCGCGAGUACAAGCCGGACGUGCAGCUGAAGUAUGUGGAUGAGCACGGGCGGCUGAUGGACCAGAAGGAGGCGUUCAAGCACCUCUCGCACCAGUUCCACGGCAAGGGCAGCGGGAAGAUGAAGACGGAGAAGCAUCUGAAGAAGAUUGAGGAGGAGAAGAAGCGGGAGGCGAUGAGUACGUUGGAUAGUAGCCAGCAUACUGGGAUGAAUAAUGCGAUGGGGGCGACGGCGAGGAGGAAUCGGCAGGCUGGGGUUCGGCUUGGAUGAAGGGGGUGUCUUCUGUAUACUUGGAACUACAUCUGUACUGUAGAUCCAUUCCUCAUGCUUAUUUACAUUUUUACAUGUUGCAUGUAGAGGAGCAUGUAGAGGAUCUGUCGUUGCAUGCUUUUCUUUCUCUAAGCUGGUACUUUUUUGCCAAACAAAACACUCCAUUUACAAUGUUAAGCGGGAAUCAAAUCAAUUAUCAAUUAUCCAA